AUGAACGGUAUGACAGCGCCAGCAGGCAGCCCCGUGGUGUGGCGGCCGCACGCCGCAUUACUGCGCUUACCAUUUUGUGUGGAAUAUGGUGUCCGCUCGGAGUUUUGGUUUGUUGCUUUUGUACCACUGAACGGUUCGAUUGAAGGAAAGGUCCACAAUCGUGGCGCGAAGAAGAACGAGUUCCAAAGAGCUUUUAACAUUUGCGCGCAAACUUUACGUUCAUCACUGAGUGGUUUUAGAACAUUGGACUUUAUUGUUCUCGAAAAAUGGUGCUGGAAGAUCAUAAUCUUGGAAAUUGCUUCAACCCAGCUUCGUCAAGAGCUUGGAUAA